UUGCUGCCCACUGUUAGAGAGAGAAUCUCGUUCCUUCACCUGCCUGCGCUCAUCAUCUCGUUUUCUAUAUUAGUAUUUUUGCCAAAAGCCAGGGAGAGAGAGACAGGUGAGGUGCGAAGCCUUGGACGACGUGUGGGAUGCUGUCACCGGCUGCAACCCGUUUCCCCACCCGCCCUGUUCCGGUUAUCCCGGUCUCUCUCUGAAAUUCUAAACCCCCACCACUCGUCCUCUUCCGCUUCCUUUCUUCCAUCGUUGCUUAUUAUUCUUAUUUAUCAUUACUUUUAUAAGGUCUCAUCUUGUUCCCUCCUUUUCUCAGCUGUUCCGUCACUCUCUCUCUCUCUCUCUCUCUCUCUCUCUUUUUCUCUGAAUCUGAAGUACCCAUAUCACAAAGUGUUCUAAUUGAGAAGGAAGUACCAUUUCCGGUCCGGGGCAUGUCCGUCGUUGGGGAGCUCAUUUUUUAGAUGAUGGGAUCGUCCCAAAUUCGUCGAUUAGUCGCAAAGGAAUUCACAGAGAGAAGCGAGCAGGACUGACAAUCUCUGUGCUGAAGUGCAGCUGCAUAAAGUCGGAGAGAGAGAGAGAGAGAGGAAUGUCGGGACCGCCGAAGGUGAGGUCCAUGAACAUCUCUGUCGAGACGGAGGUGCGCGCGGUUCUGGGCCCGGCCGGAAACAAGGCAAGGUCGCCGGUCGUACGGAAGCCUUUGCAGAAAGACGAGAAACGCGAACUGCGUUCUGUCGCAACUGAGAAACCCCCGGCCAGUGAGGCCGUUGCGCCGCAGGCAGUCUCGAAGUCUGUUGCUUCGUCUCUUUGCAAGAAACAGACGCAGCCCGCGACUCUCUCAUCGUCUCUGUCGCGAGCUGGUAACGUUCUGAAAGGGCACGAGGUGCUACUCCAUUCGAAUCUUUCGCUUAAUGCCUCUUGCUCUUCGGAUGCGUCGACGGAGUCGUCCUGCAGCCGUGCUUCGACGGGAAGGUUGGUUUCUAGGAGGAGCACUGGCGUUGUGAAUCGAAGAAAGCCACUGAGCAAUGGGCCUAGGCCUGCUAAAGUUGUUCCAGAUGGUGUCGAUGGAUCAACGCUUCCUCCUCCCCUACCUUCUAUGCGGUCCAAGAAGACGUGUGCCUGGAUCACCGCAAACACCGAUCCAUGCUAUGUUACCUUUCAUGAUGAGGAGUGGGGAAUGCCAGUUCAUGAUGAUAAGAAAUUGUUUGAACUGCUGUCUUUGUCGGGAGCACUAGCUGAACUUACAUGGCCAGCUAUCCUUGGUAAAAGACCCAUAUUUAGGGAAGUGUUUGCUGACUUUGACCCAUCCGUGGUUGCCAAACUGAACGAGAAAAAGGUCAUUGCACCAGGAAGCACUGCCAGUUCCCUACUAUCGGAACUAAAGCUCCGUUCCAUCAUUGAAAAUGCUAGGCAGAUUCUAAAGAUUGUUGAAGAGUUUGGAUCAUUUGAUAACUAUUGCUGGAGCUUCGUGAACCAUAAACCUAUUGUGAAUGGGUUCCGCUACCCCAGGCAGGUGCCUGUAAAGACCCCAAAAGCAGAAGUGAUCAGCAAGGAUAUGGUUCGGAGGGGCUUCAGAAGCGUUGGGCCUACUGUUAUCUAUACAUUUAUGCAGGUUUCAGGCAUUACAAACGACCAUCUGGUCGGCUGUUACCGGUUUAGUGAGUGUCUUGCUGUUAUGGAAGAAACACCAGAUGUGAGCAAAACCGAGGGUAAAGAUGCAGACAGGAAGUUAGAUAUUGGAAGGUUAGGAUUAGCAAAAGCUGUGGAGGAUUUGAGUGUAAGCUCUCUAUCUAUAAAAACUGAUUCAUCUGAUGAAGUUGGUGCCAUGUUGGCUUGACUCAUCAUAUAGCAGUUGCAUAAUCUGUAAAUCUUCCUCUGUCCAAAAGCUACAUCACGGGGAGCUGCUGCAGGCUUGUGUACGUUUUUGUCCUUCUUUCCCCUUCUGUAAAAAAAUGAAUUCGUUGUUUAUGGUUUCGUGGAACAUUCUUGGCAGAAAAAAUCCAAUUGCCUGUUCAAAUUU